CUGUCCCCUUUCAGAUUCAACGUCUACUCCAUCUUCAUGCCAGAUCUGCUGCAUGAGUUUGAACUUGGCAUCUGGAAGGCUUCAUUCACACACCUGUUGCGCAUCCUCUACCGCCAAGUCCCAUCGUUUGGCAGAGACACGAUUCAGCAUUUCAGCAACAAUGCAUCGGGCAUGAAGAAACUUGCUGCAUGA